CUCCGCAUUCGAUCGGUGUUUUACGCAGAACGGUCACCAGGAUGCCUGCGUGUUCUGCUCGGACUCUUGCCGGACUUUGAUUCUCUUUCUCUCCGUUCCCUUUCACGAAACCCCCACGGCCCUUCCACGACUUACUGACUAAACGUGCCCGACGAUGUACAACGUCAAGGCACCCCAGCGCCGCCCGCGCCGGCACCCUUACACGCGCAUGUCGCACGACAACCUACGCCUGGAUGGCUUCCCUCAGAUAAUCCCCACCCAUCAACCUAUCCCCCGUAAAACCUCUCUGGACGAGAACACCAUCCGUGCACCCAAGGCCACCGCGCCACAGCCCGCGCCAGAAUUCGACGAGGCGACGAUCAAGGCGCGUCCACCACUCGCGGCCAGGUUCCCCGUGCAGCCCGAGGCCGAGGACCUCACCGUCCGCCCCACACCCGCCCACCCGCGCGGCAACAUCGCGCUCUUCCGCGAGGUGCUCGACAAGGUCGCGCGCGAGGCGCGUGCCGAGGAGAAGGAGCGGCGGCGCGCGGAGGAGCUGCGGCGGCAAAGGGAGGCGGACGAGCUCAGGCGGAAAGAGGAGGCGCGCAAACGCAAGGUGGCCGCCCAGGACCAGUACCAUACUGCGUGGCACUUCAUCAUCGCGGGUCGUGUGCACCCGGGCUCACUGCGCGUCGGGUCGUUCCCGUGGCCGGUGCUGCAGGCUGUGCGGUCGGCGGAGGAUCUCCGGGUGGAGGAUGUGGAAGAGUUUCUGUUUCGCGACGAGGGGCUUACGAUGGGGCAGGAGAGGGACCGGCUGAGGCAGGAGAUUCUGCGUUGGCAUCCCGACAGAUUCAACACGAGGACUCUCUCCUACGUUCAUCCUUCUGAUCGUGCUCUUAUCCUCGAGGUGGCUGGUCGUGUCGCACGCAUCUUAAACGAACUGAAGUCUCGCAUGAACUGCCCAACUCCUUCACCUCCACACUCUCCAACAUCACAACGCACAUGAACAAAUGUAUCAUAGCGAAGGCUGCAACCUUACGAACAGCAGCAACCCGUGCAUACUGUCUCCCUUACUGAUGGAGGAACAUGAAACGGACCAAAGGACACUAUCUAUCGCUUUCGAGCUCUGCAGAGCGUGAUGAUACUUACUGGACAAUAACGUACCUGACCGCAAGCUUAAUGUACUACUGCUCCGUAUAUAAAACAAUCCUACUCGUCAAAACCCA